AUGGUUGACUCCGGCGUGGCGAUAGCUCUCGGCGUGGUCGGGCUCCUCGUGGCGGUGCUCGCGAUCGCCUGGGCGGUGCGGUGCGCCGUCGCCCGGCGGCGCACCGAGGAGGCGAAGCAGGCCGUCGCCGUCGGCGCGGGGCUGCUGGACAAGGAGGCCGUCGUCGUCGACGUCGAGGCCAAGUGCGAGGAGCCGCCGCUCUGCGCGAUAUGCAAGGGGCCGCUGGCGGCGGGCGGGGGGAGGUGCCGGCGGCUGCGCGCGUGCGGCCACGUCUACCACGCCGAGUGCGUCGACCUGUGGCUCCAGCGGAAGCCGAUCUGCCCGCUGUGCCGGGCCGGCGUCGUGCUCUCGCGGACGGACAUCGUCGACGCCAUCGUGUGA